AUGAUGAAGGUCGUGCGGAAAUCGUCUCUAGCCACUGGCGGCAUGAAGAAGCCCCAUAGGUUUAGGCCAGGAACUGUGGCGCUGAGGAACAGAGCAGGACGGAGGCGACGCCAGACAAGACGAGGGACGACCGGACAAGUGACUGAUGCGUGCGUUCGGCCACCGAGAGUUGCAGCAGCAGGGUCCACGAGACAGCUGAGAACUGAGACGACGCUGGAGAUUGAUGAACAGAGGCGAGCCGCGAUUGGGUUCAGACGAGCCGAGCAGAAACUAGAGACAAGCCAAGUGGAAACUAGAGACAAGCUGAGCGUAUGCCGGAGCUGCAACUGA